UCCCUGCUCACAACAUUUCAGUACGGGUAGCCCAGAAACUGAUGACACCAACAGCGAAGAUUUCUGUUGCAGAUUGUAUUCCUCCUUAGCUUUGCUUGGACAAAUAUCUUCUUCUAGUGUAAAUUAAACGAAGAGAUACUCACCCCGCCUUGGAGCUUAUAAAUGAUAAGCCAAAAUGGAGCUUCACAGAAAGAGCUUGAACAGUCUGUGAGUUGUGAUCAUAUUUAUAGUUGAAACAGAACUGACAAGCAAUUCUAUAUAUAUUUCUUUUGCUGGCAUCUGGAAUUAAAAUGAUAAAACUUUGGAUUCACAAGUAGCAUGUGGAAUCACAAAGUUGAAUCUUUGAAACAGCCUGAGCUGCCUGAUUGAGAGGCGAAGAAGGGAUGACAAUGGCAGGUUAUGCUUGUUCACAGUCACGCAGUGCUCUCAAAUACCCUGCAAAUAAGAUCGAUAAUAAAUGUGAUGUUGAUUCUUAUGCCACUUCCAGUUCCUCCCAGCCAAAGAUAUAUUCUUCUACCGCUGCUGCCAAGAGUAGUUUCGCUCAUUUUAAGGAGAAGUUUAAAGCCUUGACGCAGAGUCACUCAGAGAAGAAUGGCGAGUCCCCGAUUGAAUCCUCUAAAUUUCCACCUAAGCCAUCUAAAUCAGACAAGAGGAAUUCCCCGGCAAAAAGUCCAGUGCCUAAGCAUGAAGAAAGAAUGGGUGGUAGUAGUCCUUCAGAUCGUUAUGGCUGGAUUACAAAAACAGCGGCCAAAGAGAAAAUGUUGACCCCGUUUUGCAGCAAUUCCUUCAGUGUGAGAAGUUCAAGGCUUCGCUUUAACCCGUUAGAGGGUUUCUGUUGUGCUGGUCCAAAGGCAGCGUCAGAAGAUGGGCAAUUUGAAGCUAAUAAUGUGAAUAGGAAGGGCAAACAGGGGAAAGUUUCUGAGCAUACACAAAGGAUAAUGGUUUAUGUCAGGGUGAGACCUCUGUCAAUCAAAGAAGAGGAAAUGGGUGCCCGCAAUUGUGUUGGUACUGUUAACAACAAAGACCUUUUCUUGAAGGAAAUUGGAAAUGAGGACGACUUUUUAAGAUCUAAGAGGAAUUGUACUCGGACUUACACAUUUGAUGCAGUUUUCCCUCAAUCUGUUGAGCAACAAGAGGUUUACAACACAAGCACUGCAGAGCUUGUUGAUGUUGUUCUCCAAGGAAGAAAUGCAUCUGUGUUUUGCUAUGGCGCGACAGGGGCAGGCAAAACCCAUACAAUGUUGGGAACUGUUGAGACUCCAGGAGUGAUGGCCAUGUCAAUAAAAGAUUUGUUUGCAAAACUUGAGCAGCAGAACUGUUACUCUGAACCAGUGAUUUUACUUUCUUAUCUUGAGAUUUACAAUGAAUCUGUAAAGGAUCUACUCUCACCUGGAAGACCACUUGUCCUGAGAGAGGAUAAACAGGGCAAUGUAUCUUCACUAGGGAUCACCCAAUAUAGAGCUCAUUCAACUAAUGAGGUAAUGGAUUUGCUUCAUCAAGGAAAUCAGAACAGAACUACAGAGUCCACUCGAGUGAACGAGACUUCAUCUCGAUCUCACGCUAUCUUGCAGGUUGUGGUGGAAUACAAAGUAAUUGAGGGGUUAAAAACUGCUACUCGCACCGGUAAACUAUCUCUAGUAGAUCUGGCAGGGUCUGAGAGGGCUGCUGCCACAGAUCAAAGGACAGCCAGAUCUGUAGAAGGAGCCAACAUAAACAAAUCCCUGUUGGCCCUUAGUAGCUGCAUAAAUGCUCUAGUAGAAGGGAAAAGGCACAUACCUUAUAGAGACUCUAAACUUACACUGCUUCUCAAGGAUUCCUUAGGCGGAGCUUGUCAAACUGCUAUGAUUGCGAAUAUCAGUCCAAGUCAUUUAUCUUAUUCUGAAACACAGAACACUCUUCACUGGGCAGAUCGAGCAAAAGAAAUUCGCACAAAAGUCUGCGUUGCAAAUGAAGGGUUGGAGAAACCUGAAACGCAAAUUGAACAGUCCAGGUUGCUGCUUGAAAUGCAAAAGGAGAUUAAACAAUUAAGAAUGCAGAAUGAUCAGCUGCAACGAAGGCUACUUGCUAUGGAAAACCAAAGAUUGCCUUCUACUCCAUCUUGUUCAUGCUCAUGUCGUGUGCUCCCUUUACCUUGUACUGACCAUAUUCCCAUGCUCGAGUCGUCCAACAGUGGUUAUCAAGCGGAGGAACAAAAUGCUGAGGAAGAUAACAUUCAAGAACUGAAGAGUAACCUCCAAGCUUUCAAAGAGGACUCUGAUCGUGUGAAAAUGGAGUCUUCUGUAAUGGAGAAGCAGCUCGCCACCCAUCGAAUGUCUCUGAAACAUGAGUACAAUCCCCAGCUGAAGCACAAGGAUGGUAUCAUACACAAGCUUUGUGAAACGGCACCUGGCCUAGAACAGAGGAUUCAGAGUACUCAAUUUGGCCCAAUAAGUACUCAUCUUUCUUCAAAAGAGCCUCUGCCAUCUCCUGAGCGGCCAAUUGGAAAAACUAUUUCUGCCUCUCAUAAUGUUUAUGACGAUCCUCAUUCAAAAUCAGAUCAAUCGGAAAGGAAAUCUGGCUUCUUAGAUGUACAACUGAAGAGCUCAUCUCAAUCUACAUCUGUUGUUGGAUGUUCAUUGCCUGCAUCAGGGAAAAACCGCGCCUUUGGAGAUAUCACCAACAGACCUGCAGCCCCAAAAAUCAGAAAUAGAAUCGACACCAGGAAUGCACCCUCCAUGCUUCUGCAGCCAGGAUUUUAUCGCGAACUAUCCUAAAAUUGAGGAUUUGGAUCAAGAAGGAACCUGGGCAGCAUUCUGCACAUUAAAUUCACAAAAUUCGUAUCAAAAAAGAAAGUUCAUUAUAAACUGUUGAUUUGGAUGAGAAAGUUCAUUAUAAACUGUUGAUCUGGCUCUCUCAUCCAAGUGUUUGCAGCAUGGCUUGAUGCAAUUGCAGAUGCGCAAACAAUUUUUUUGUGUGUUUUAAACGUAUUUGGGAGUUCGAUUUUAGUCUCAUGCCCGAAGACAAAUGGAUUCGGAAAAUUCGAAGAAAACGUUUAUUUAGGUAGCCGAUUUGGAAUGCAUAUUUAGGUUGGAAAACUCUACGGUGGCCGUGGCACUAGGUAUAAUUUAUGAUUUUUUUAAAUUUAUACAUAUUAAAUACAAUAAAUAGCGGUUAA